CCUACUCCUCCUCUCUGGCAUUUUGUGCCGCGGAGGAGGAUAGUGGGAGAGACUGCUGAGAAGGAGACAGAGGGGACUCUGAGACAACACGUCCCACGCCAGAGCCAGACAGCCAGGGAACUUUGAUCUGACGCCAAGUAGCCUGCGAUCAAAAUUACAAUGAAGAGAAGGAGCCACGUUUCUUGUUCUUGUUCUUCUUCUUCUUUUUCUUCUCGGGAGGCUUAGAUAUGUCGGGCGUGUGCAAUAUAUGAUGUCCUUGGACUCAUAAGCUCAAUGAAGAUUUGUUUAUCUCUGAUUUUGGUCUUCAAUUCGCUGAUGGUGCCGCUUCGUUGUGCCUGCGCUUAGGUCAGCCGAAUGAAUUUGAAGGCAGUCUGAGCGCAUUGUUUCCAGCUCCGUUACAUAUGGGAUUUCCAGCCGUGAUGUCUGCAAUUUCUCGCUCUUUGUUUCUGGUUCUAAUUAGCCUUCUGUCAGUGGGGGCACAGACAGAAAUGAAGAAGGUCGUUGGGGACAAUGCCACCUUGCCAUGCCACCACCAGUUCCCAUCAUCCAGCUCUCUGGACAUUGAGUGGCUACUGCAGAAACCAAACUCCAAACAGAAAGUGAUUAUUACCUUCUUUGGGGGCAAGGUGUAUACCAAUGAGAACAUAGAUGGCGAGCCCAGCCGUCUAUCCUUUGCUGGGGAGUACCUGGGUGGAGACGCCUCCUUACUGAUCAGUGAUCUGCUGCUGACGGACUCGGGGGAGUACUACUGUAAAGUCAAGACGGGGGGAAAGUACCACUGGAGCCAAGUCAACCUCAUUGUAUUGGUCAAGCCCUCCAAGCCGAGGUGCUGGAUGGAUGGCAAGCUUCUAGAGGGCAGUGAUGUCAAGCUGAGCUGUAAAUCCAGCGAUGGUUCAGACCCCAUUAGCUACAAGUGGGAGCGAGUGCUGGACAAAGGCAAGAGUCUGGGCAAACUGCCAAACCUGGCACUGAUAGAUCUGAAGAACCCAGAGAUUGUGACCCUGAGAAAUCUCACCAUGGACAGCACAGGUGUCUACAGGUGCACUGCAAGCAAUGAUGUGGGAGAGGAAAACUGCACCAUUGAGGUCACAAUGCAGCACGUGAGGGAUGUGGGGAUGGUUGCGGGUGCAGUGGUGGGAAUAUCCCUCGGUGUCCUCAUUGUGAUAUUAAUCAUCUGGCUCGUCUUCCGGAAGAAAGAGAAGAAGAAGUACGAGGAGGAGGAGACCCCAAAUGAGAUCAGGGAGGAUGCCGAGGCUCCCAAGGCCAAGCUAGUAAAGCCCAACUCCCUGUCCUCAUCCCGCUCUGGCAGCUCACGCUCUGGUGCUUCCUCCACGCAGUCCAUGGUGCACAACAGUGCCCAGCGUGGUCACCGCCCUCGUCCACCUGCUGUAGCAGCUCUCAAGGAAAAUGGACAGCCUCCAGGCUUCCCCCAGUCUCCUUCAGCCUACACUGCAGUAGUGCCCCCCAAAACCCCUGAGCCCCCUACCACUCCCAAAUUCAACUCCAGGAACAUGUCUGGGCCUACACCCCCAACCCUCAUGGUGCCCGCCCAGACCAAGGCCUUUCAGACUGUGUAGGACUGAAAGCCAGCCCCUUCUUACAGCCAUGUGAGAGUCCCUUCCCUUUCCAAGCCCACCAGCCCCAUCCCAAAGACUAAGACUCUUCCAUAAACAAAGAAAUGCAACUAGUUAAAAGGAUGUAAAUAAAAGAAUCAAUACUAUAAGUCCAAAAGUACUUUUAAUGAAUGCAUAUUUAAAAAGGGAAAAUAAGACAUGCUUGCCCCCUAUUGAAUUACAUAAAACAACAAAACAAAAGAAAAAGCAGAGAUCUGAGUUUGUGUCUUAUGGCUAAAAGGCAGAACUUAUUUUCUUGAGUUCCUUCUUUUGGCUUCAGAAGGCACAGGGAAGCACCAUGUGUAGUGAGGUGGAAGAAGCCCCCCAAGUAGAGCUUUUAUUUAUUUAUGAAAUCCAAGGGUUAGGCAUACGGUAGGAAAAAAAAGAAGAGGAAAACAGUCUGGAUAAUAGUGUAAAUGUAAACCCUGAGCCAGUUACCAACGGAGUCACAUUGCUGUUGAGCAUCGGUUGCAAGAGUGGAAAAAAAGGAGGAUGAAAGCUGAAAGCGUAUGACAGCAACUGUUUUUUUUUUUUUUCUCUCUCUCUCUUGGAGGAAGGGGUGUGGGGUGGUCCUCUGAUUUAUGUCACCCUGCAGCUCCGACUCGCUGCUUCCAGCACCUGCUCCGAAACCACAAAACCCCCUUUGCUUCCCAUGGCCUGGGCCGACUGUGCCCAUCCGUGUGGACAGCACGGUGCGUGGCAUGUGCAUCAUCUGCCUCAGUGCUCUCGGACUUUUCGUGCUUUCAUGAGGAACCCAUGAGAAACCAUAGCAGUUCUGAGACUGACUCAGCUGCCUCACAAACAGCUCAUCUGCUUUACCAAUCAGCAGGGGAAACUUCAGGUACAAGGAUGUAGCACUGAUGUGAAGUCAAAUCAAUCUUACCCCCAGUCAUUAGCCCCCACCCUCCGCAUCACCCCACCCCACCGCAUCCUGUGUGCAUCUAUGGACAACUUUUCUGGUACCAAAUAUUCUCCCUGAAUAAUUACAUAGUAUUUAUUAGGCUUGUAGUGAUACUUUAAAUAUGGGGAUAAGCAUCUAUUAGACCAGCUGGACUUGUUUUUCUUUUCUGUGUAUCUUCUCUAUGAACAGGUUGCAAAGAGUGACAGACAGCCAUGUGUCCAUUCAUUCAUAUUAAGAAGUGCCACAAUCCCUAGGAUGGGUUAUUAUUAUUAUUACUAUUAUUAUUAUUGCUUUUUUAACUCUUUUGUUUAUCUGCUACAUUUCUGAACUGAAACCAAAAUUUGUCACCAUGAAUGUGUGCUGUACAAAGAUGGUGGAUCCCAUUGUUUUCAGCUUCCUGUAAGGUACUGAAUCAAUACCCAAGCUAAGGCACAAAGAAUUGACCACGAGGUUCAAUUUGAAUGAAGGGAGCAGGGGGUAUGAUUCUAGAGAUUUCUAUUGUACAGGGUGUGUGUGCUUUCAUUGUCAGUACUCUCAUUGGAUCCAUAACAGUGGUGUGGCACUUGGUUGUUGUUUUGCUCAAUCACCAGGUCCUGCUUGGUCAUUGGUUGAACUGUGCUUAUCAGCCAGUCCCCCGUUUGUCGUGUCCUCAGACGUACCCAGUGCAGUUUGAUUGAAAGUAGCUGAAAAAAAAAGGGCAAGUAGCCUACCUAGUGUGCCUUUGCAAUCCCUCUUUCCUUUGAUGGUUUCUUUCUUUGUCCUAAUCUUCAGCACACCAGUGGUUAAGUCUCUGUUCACAUCUAGCUUUGAAGGUCAACAGCAGCAAAUACUGAGAGGUACACCUAAACAAACUUGCCCCUAGUAAUAACACACGCGGCCUAGGGAGCACCAAGCAGAGUAAAUUAUCCCUGGUGAGAAAGCAAUCCCAUGCCACGGGACAAUGUACUGUACAUUCUGUAAUCAGUCGUGUUUUAUAUUGUACAUACAGAUAGGUAUACGCACAUGAUGUCAUUUAAUUUAAUAAAUAAGGGUAUGUGCGGGGAGAUUUCCCCCUUAUAAAAGAGUCAAAAGAGAAACCCAAAGUGAAUUUAGACCGUGUGUUUUUAUACACAUGCUGUGUGAACAUGUGAAGCCCCCCCCCCCCCUUCAUGUCAUGGUUUAAAUAUUACAUCAUAACUACUGGACAGAUUCCCAUAAGAGGUAUAGAGUUUAUUAAUCCUGUGACAGUAAUUCUUUUUCUUUUAUUUUAGUGACCCUUUGACCUUCCUCACUGACCACAUAUCAACACGUGUGAUAUGCGAAAAAUUUCCAAACUCAUUUCAACAGCAGGCAAAGUACAACAACAUCUAUUUAGGAUAAGUUGGGUUUAAAAUCGUGCUAUAGUAAUUUGGCAAACCCUGCAGUGAAAUUGAUGGAUAAUAAAAAAAUAAAUAAAUAAGACACAGCCAGUACCAUCUUAAUAUGGUCCACGAAGGAAAACAAAAAAAAACCUCCAUAAAAAAAAAAAAAUCAAUAAGAUGCUGCCUUCUGCCAAGGAAUCUCAAUGUGAAUGUAUGCAAUGCAUAUGAAUAUUUACUGAUAUUUAUAUUAAUAUGUAAAAGAUAUAUAAUCACUAUAUAGCAUUCAGGUUAUUUUUCUUUCACGUUAGUAAUAUUAACCAUGUUAAAUCAAGUCAUCCAAUAUAUGGCUCUUUACUUAGUUUAUCUAACUCAAUAUGGCCCUCAGGAAAGUUAUGUUGCACACGCCUCUUAUAAAUGAACAGGUGGGGAUAAUGGACAGCAUUACGUGACGAAGGGGCACAACCUGUAACGACGGUGAAGAAGCAACACGUAGUCAGCUUACCUAGCGCGGGCUCCAAUGUAGCGUUUUAGCUCGGAAAGUUGUCAAUACUUAAAAUCGACCAUACAAUGCCGGGCCUCCGUGGCGUUACAUUUGCUAGUCAUGAUGGAAAUCUCCAUGAGGACAGUGCAUCAAACUCUUUGUAUUACUCUCAACUCAGGCACGAGAAAACAGAAAGGCACUGUUCAGCAUUUCCAAUUUUUAUGAGGGCAUGUUUUUAAACUGCUGAGCUCAGCUAAGAAGGAGGAAAACCGUUAAAUGAGCAAAAAUUUAACAAAGGGGAAAAUAUGAAAGGAAAAUAUAUAUGCACAGUAUGUAUAGUUGACUGAUGGCGCAUGUUUGGGCAACGAAAUCUGGCUUUGCACAAGAUAUAUCAAAAGUCAUGUUUUUUGACCCCUUUGCCUCUCAGGACAAACGACAGCUGAAGGUCCCUUUACCGGUUUAAAAUGCAUUGCUCUUUUCUCCCUGCAUACAGUUUUUUAAAACAUUCAUUUGAAUUCCACGCAAAUGUUUUUUUUUUUUUUUCUGGUAAAAUGAAUUUGUUUAAUUGCUUAACCUAAAAUGUUCAGAAAACCAGCAUCUGUCUGAAAAGCACACUUGGUUUGAUUUCACACAUGGGAUUUCACACAUGACUUAGUCUGAGGUAAAUUUAGGAAAAAAAAAUGCCUUUUAUAUUUAACUACAGACAGCAAUUCAUAUUUGACCAGGGAAGCUACUGUGUGUGCGCGCGCGUCUGAGUGUGCGUGCAUGCAAGCAUGUGAAUGUGCGUGAGUGUGUGGGUGUAUGCAUGUAAAUUCGGUACAAGCCCUCGGGCCACGCCCACGCAUUCCCAUGUUGGCCAUUCACUGAAUGAGAAGGAUCCAGCCAGGCAAAGCAACUCCUAUCCAAGUUGAUAUGACUGCAGACUGGCAGUGUUUAUUUUAGUUUUCACUGACUUAUAUGCCAGUUGAACUUGGCUUCACAGGCAGCAGUCAUGUUUUUGCUUGUGGGGGUAGCGUCUUGAGACAAAGCACGUCCAUAAUUCAUAACUAUCAUCAGGUCUGGAGGCCACUUGUGCACUCCCUCCUUGCUCUUGCUGUCUCUUGACAUAGAAUGCACUUGGCCCUGGGUGGACCGAUGGCAUCUCAAGGUGCACACAUAGGCACAUAUAACACAAACAGGGAAAGGUUUUGUGCGUGUGUGUGUGUGUGUGUGUGUACACACACUCACACACAGACAUACAUGCCACAAUCAGGCGCACAUAAGAACAUAUGUGUGUUUUUCAUGUACAUUCACAGUUGCACAUGCACACUGGCACACAUGUUCUUGCAAACACUUACACAGUUUGCACAAACAGAAGCCAAACCACAUUUCUUGUUUUUUCUGCUCCUUCAGAAUCAAUUUGAUGGAUCGAAUGUCUGGAGGUAUUACGGCUGACUGAUGGAACCAGGAUACUAAAUACAGCACAGAAAGGGACACACAACAGUGCAUCCACCCAGAGGGCAUCUGCUCACAUACACAGACGCACACACACACACAGACACACACACACACACACACACACAUAUAUAUACGAAAACAGCUAGCGUAACAAAACACACACACUUGCACUUAGAAAGACAGACACUGCUAUGCAUCUCAACAAUCUGGAUGGCAUAUGCCUCAAGACUUAUUUUUUUGAGAAUCUGCGAGUGUAGUCCUGGGAAUUAGGAGUGGUAUAACAGGAUUGAUAGUCAGCCAGGACUGUAGGCUCUUGUCAUUGAAAUUCCCUCCACCACUGAUGAAAGUAGCAGUGGAGGUGGAGGAUGGGAUGCGAGUCUUCCAGCUGUUAAAUUCCUCCAAGCUUUUUGAUUUGCUUUCCAGCAUCUGCAAGUCUCAGGUGGCAGAUUCCCCAGUUUAUGAGCCCUCGCGUUGCAUCUCUCCUCUCGUGUGUGCAGCUUAGUGGCCCGACAAACUUGUGCUCUUUCCAACAAAUGAAUUUUAAGGCGCUUCAAUGUCAGUUCGGGAGAGUGGAGGAGGAAAGUCUUAAAACAACUCGGAGUGUCAGCAGCACAUCCACUAUCAUCCUUUAGUGCAGUAUCCAUCAGUACUAUAUACUGUCUUAUUAUCAUCACUCAAAGGUGCAGUAAAAUCAUUAAUGGUUAUCUUGCGUUAUAUGAUAGGUGUAUGACUCUCAUGUAGCCACAAUGUUUUAUGUUCUAAUUAAAUGUUAAUUAUGUUCUGAUUAAAACUGUUGAGCAGGGCAAAGUGAUGCUCAGACUUUGUGGUUUGGCCUUGUACUGUAUGUCAGCAUAUGGGAAUGUGAUGUAUUAAUACUUUUUACAAGAGGAGACUGUUGGGGCUUACUUCAACUUCGAGAGGGAAAGAAAGCAAAGAUGCCUGCAUGUUAUAUAGGAAUUUGAGCAGAUGAACGGGAAUGCUUUGCUUUGAUGUAACAUAACUGUAAUCGGUUUAAAAAAUAAACAAAAAUCAAAACCUGUAAAUAUAUCCACAUACAAAUUUUAUGAAGCUUUAUUUUAUUAUCUUCCAUAGGUUGUUUUUUUUUUUUAUUCAAAUCCAUGUAUUUCACACUUUUUUGUGCGCUAAGCUCAUCAUCGGUCUGUGUGGGAUCUGUGUGGUUGGCUGUUUCUCUUGACUGCAUUGUUUCAGUGUCAAGGGGAGACAUGCUCAUCACGGCGUUACUAAAGGGAAAUGUAAGACACCUUUGUUUUCUUUACUGUCAUUUGUUUUUCUAAUGUGGCUUCUUCUUGGUUUUGUAAAACAGUAUACAAUUUUUUUUUUCUUUUUUUUGGUUUGUUCGUUUGAUGAAAACAAUCCAUGUAAAUAUCACAAGUAAAAAAAAUGUAUAUUUUUACGAUCUCUGAGUUAUUACUCUUUCAUUUGCAAAUAAAAUAUUCAAUGACAACUUAA